GCCGUCGACGAAAAAAUCGUUACGCUUCGCUGUCUGUGACCGAAAAUUGUAAAUUGUUUUUUUUUUGUCGGAGAAAAUAAUAAUAAACAAGUGCAAUAACAUUAUUGAGAAGUGAAGUCGACGUAAAAGGCGAUAACCGAUAGAAUAAUUCAGAGUGGAAAAUUGUAGAAAUGGCAUCAUUUUUAAAUUUGGGAACCAACCCAUUUUCAACGCCUGUUGGCCAGAGAAUUGAACAAGCAACAGAUGGUUCAAUGGCCACCGAAAAUUGGGCUCUGAAUAUGGAAAUAUGCGAUAUGAUCAAUGAAUCUUCCGAUACAGCCCGUGAUGCAAUGAAAGCUAUACGCAAGCGUUUACAGCAAAAUGCUGGAAAAAAUAAUCAAGUCAUUAUGUAUACAUUGACUGUACUGGAGACAUGCGUUAAGAAUUGCGGUAAAGCUUUUCACGUUCUAGUGGCCCAGAAAGAUUUCAUACAAGAAUUGGUUAAACUUAUUGGACCCAAAAAUGAUCCACCAUUGAUUGUACAGGAAAAAGUACUCAAUCUUAUACAAGUUUGGGCGGAUGCUUUUAAAAAUCAACCUGACCUUAAUGGAGUCACCCAAAUGUACAUCGAGUUAAAAAAUAAAGGUAUUGAAUUUCCUCAAACGGAUAUUGAAAAUAUGGCACCAAUUUAUACACCACAACGAAGUGUACCGGAACCACCACCGCCUCAAGCCGUGACUCAACAAGCAGUAUCGCCUCAGCAUUCUGGAAUGCCGAAUACCGCUUCCAAUCAAUUAACACCAGAGCAAAUCGCUAAAUUACAUUCUGAAUUGGAAAUUGUAUCGAUGAAUAUAUCAAUCUUAGGAGAAAUGCUUACUGAACUAAAGCCAGGCCAAGAAGACCCAGAUGAUUAUCAAUUGUUAAACGAUUUAACAGCUACUUGCAAAGAAAUGCAAUCUCGUAUUGUCGAUCUAAUUGGCCGUGUGACUGACGAUGAAUUAACUGCAGAAUUAUUACGCAUUAAUGAUGAGCUAAAUAAUAUGUUUUUGCGUCAUCAGCGCUAUGAGAAAAACCGUGCAACAACUACAAACAUGACUUCUCCGUCGGCUGUAUUGGGUGCCGCGAUGGGUGUGCCGACCACAAAUGUCCCAGCAUCAAAUUUACCAGCAUCAAAUGAACCAAAGUUAUUGGAUUUUCCAGAUGCCAAUAAAGACGAUAUGCUUAAUAACUUUAAUCGCUUGGGUCUAAAUAGUUCAACGAAACCCAGUAACAAAGAUGCCGAUGAGUUUGAUAUGUUGGCACAAUCUCGCACCAAUGGAAACAACAAAAGUGAUUUGUUAAAAGACAUUCCAACCUUAGAUGCCACAGCUGGCAGUGUAGGUUCGCCAUUUAAACGUGCCGGCGGAAAUGGUUUGCCGGUGCCUGUGAAAGAAAAUGAAAUCGAUGAAAUGGAAGCAUGGUUAGGCAGCUCAAAAGUGAUAGAAGGCCUCGAAGAAACUGUAACCAGUUCAGAAUUUGAUAAAUUCCUGGAGGAACGAGCUGCAGCCGCGGAAAAUCUUCCUACAAUUAAUGCCACCAAUAAUUUAGACAAUUCUGCUCAGCAAACAACCAAUCAACAAGCUAAAACUAAGAAACCAGAAGAGGAUCUUUUAUUACUUUGAGCUUACCUCUGCUGCUGCUAUAUAUCUAGCCAUCUUCACUAUGCAAAAGCCGCCUCCUCUACGAAGAUGAAGUCAUUAUCAUCAUACGAGUACAUCAAAUAUUAUUAUAUUGGCUUUAAUUGUUUCUUUUUUACUAAAUGUCUAAUUAAAAUCCAAGCAAAUUGUAGUUCAGCGAAACAAAGUGAAACUUAAAAUAAGAAAUAUAAAAGAAAACAAGAUAUCUAA